UACUCUUCGAGGGCAGCAGGAUGGAGGGCAGAGUGUCUCCUGUGUGUCUCCUGGUAAUUUCUUUGGCUUUAGGAUGGACGGAAGGGCAGAGUCAGGCUAACGACACAGACUUAAGGCCCACGUUCCUCUGCGGAGGUCACCUCGUCACAGACUCGGGCAUCGUGGCCAGUGAGGGGUUCCCCAAUUUCUACAAGCCCAACAGUAAAUGCACCUGGUACAUCACUGUCCCAGAGAGUCACGUGGUCAUGCUCUCGUUCCGCCUCUUUGACAUGGAGGCUGACCCCACCUGUCGCUACGACUACCUGGACGUCUACAACGGUCACUCGCGCCUCGUGCAGAAGCUGGGCCGUUUCUGUGGGACGUUCAGACCGGGCGCCCUCAUCUCCACCUCCAACACCAUGAUGCUGGAGAUGGUGUCUGACGACGCCACCGGAGGGAGGGGAUUUCUUGCUUCCUUCAAUGCGGGGAAGCCACAUAUGGACGAGGACCAGUUCUGCGGAGGCCGUCUGACCAAACCACAGGGCUCUGUAAAGACGCCCAACUGGCCCAACUCAAAUUACCCAGCAGGUAUCAGCUGCUCCUGGCACAUCACCGUAGAGCCGAACAAUGUGAUUGAAGUGAAGUUUGAGAAGCUGGAUUUGGAGUCUGAUUUGUACUGUCGCUAUGACUAUGUGGCAUUGUUUAACGGAGGAGAGAGCGAUGACUCGAGGAGGAUUGGAAAAUUCUGCGGAGACAGACCACCAGGAAAUAUAGUGACAAAUGGCAACGAGCUCCUUGUCCAGUUUGUUUCUGAUCUGAGCGUGACCUCAGAUGGGUUCAUGGCCCACUACUCCAGCGUCCCCCGUGAGUCCCGGACUCCCACAGCUGGAGGCGAUUUCAUUCACAGACCUCAGCCAACCUCCAGGCCGCAGAGACCAACCUCCAGGCCAAGGAAACCCAUCAAACCAACAGCAAAACCAACUACCAAACCAGCUCUAAGAUCAACUCCGAAACCGCCCUUAAAACCACAAUCCAAACCAAGUAAAAAACCAUUGUUAAAACCGAUUAAACCCACUUUGAAGCCCCCUCUCAAACCAAAACCAUCUGCUAAACCUCUCAAACCAAACCCUAAACUGACCUCUAAACCAACUCCUAAACCUCCCCUAAAACCAAAACCUGGUGUCCGUUCUAAACCAACACCUAAACCACCCAAAAAGACAUCUUCACGGACUCCGCUGGUAAAGAAACCUAUAAUUCCUAGACCUACUCGCAAGCCUCCAGUAAAGCCCACUUCUAAACCCAAACCAGCGAAACCCAUACCCAAGUUGCCAGUAAGAAAACCCACAGCUAAACCUGGGGCUAAAGUUACAAUCAAAACCAAAGUAAUUAAGCCAACGCUCAAACCCAGAGUCCUGGACAAACCCUUACGGAAACCUUGGAUGAAACCCAAGCCCACCAUGAGACCUCGAGUCAAAACCAUUAAGCCAACCCCAAAGACUGGAUUCAAGCCAACAAUGACACCUAAGAUAAAACCCAAACCAACCUCCAAACCAGGACCAAGCAGGACUGUGACCAAAAAGCCUGCUGUCAACAAGACACCUUUACCUCUCAACCCACUGUGUCCACAACUCUGCGCGAGGACAGGGACUCUCCAGUCCAACUUUUGCCCGCAUGACUUUGUGAUCACAGGAAAGGUGACCUCUCUGAGUCCUGGUCCAGGCGGCUCAGCAACUUUGGAGGUGUCCCUGAUCAGAGCCUAUAAGACAGGACGCCUCAACAUCAACAAAUCAGGACCCAUCAAGUCAGUCACCCUGACCUCCUCCUGCAAGAAAUGUCCCGGGAUUGUCAAAGGUCGGAACUACGUACUGAUGGGAAAAGUUGACGCCCAGGGCAACGGCCAGCUAAGCCCGUCCAGCUUUGCUCUGAUUUAUCAGCCCGCACACGGCAAAACCCUGGAGAACCUUUCCCGCAAAUCAUGCUGACAGGCUCAGCCACCAGUCAGGUCCACAGCAGAGAAAUAAACCUUACGAGGAGUGGCAAAGGUUUUAAUGAUAUCCUGCUAGAUUUUAACACAUUCCAAAAAAGUAAAAAACAAAACAACUGGACUUGUUUUUUGUAGUUGAAGACGUUUCGCCUCCUCUCCAGGAAGCUUGACCUGGAUGACUGAGAAUCUUCACCAGCAUUUUAACACAUUACUAACAUGGAAAGUUGUCACAUUUUAAAUGUACACCAGUUGAGUAUCUCAUUUUGUAUUUUGUCUGUAAAUUAUGUAUUAACGGAAAAGUAUUUCUAUGAUAAGGGAUGCACAAUAAAACAGUUGUUGGAAUGUU